CUUCCCUUCAUCACAGACAGUCCCUGGGGAACAGAAGUGAUGGACCUCAAGGAGUUUUGCCUGAGUGAGAACUUACAGUUUCUAAACCAGCACAAUCUUUUGGAUGCGUCCGCCUCUGAUGAGCCUCCGUCCCCGACCGAUGCUCCGCUCAAAGCCGCUCCGCUGAGCCCCUCGCUCGGCCUGGACAGCAGCGCGACCCCCUUCAGCCCCGGCAGCGCGUCGGACAGCAGCGGCUACAGCGUCUUCUCCGGGAACCCGUCUCUGAACCCGGACUCCCCCGUCAGCUCCAGCUCCAUCUCCAGCAGCAGCGCUGUGGCUCUCUUCCAGCCCGUCGGUCACACAGAGUCCCUGCUCAGCUGCGACUACAUCGCGGCUCUUAACCCGGGACCGAAGCGCCUCUGCCUGGUGUGCGGAGACUUCGCGUCCGGGUAUCACUACGGCGUCGCGUCGUGUGAGGCGUGCAAGGCCUUCUUCAAAAGAACCAUUCAAGGAAACAUCGAGUACAGCUGUCCGGUGGUGAACGACUGUGAGAUCACUAAGAGACGGAGGAAAUCAUGCCAAGCGUGUCGUUUCCAGAAGUGCCUGCGCGCCGGGAUGAUGAGAGAGGGUGUGCGUAUGGACCGUGUGAGAGGAGGCCGACAGAAAUACAAGCGCAGAGUGGAUUCAGCGCUCUCUCUCUUCACCAAAACACCUUACGCUCACCCCAACAAACCCAUCCGAAACAAAGUGAUCUCCCAGCUCCUCGUAUGUGAACCAGCUCCUCUGAGAGCCGCCCCUGACCCCGCGACCCCUGACAGUGACCUUAAAACCCUGCUGACCUUAUGUGACCUGCUGAACAGGGAGCUGCUGGUCAUGAUCGGCUGGGCCAAACACAUUCCAGGUUUCUCCGGCCUCUCGCUGGUGGAUCAGAUGGCGCUGCUCCAGAGCGGCUGGAUGGAGACGCUGGUGCUGAACGUGGUUUGGAGAUCUCAGGGUUCGGCUGACGAGCUUCAGUUUGCAGAGAACCUGCGACUGAACGAGAGCCAGAGCCGAGCCGCAGGACUUCACGAUCUGUACACGGCUCUGAGACACCUGACCUCCAAAUACCAGCAGAUGAGCCUCAGCCAGGAGGAGCUGCUCACGCUCAAAGCCAUGGCUCUGGCCAACUCAGACGCAGAAAACGUGGAGGGUGCUGAGGCCGUGCAGCGCUUCCAGGACGGGCUCCACGAGGCCCUGCAGGACUACGAGAGCAGCCAGCGUCCGUCUGAAUCUCACCGCGCCGGACGCCUGCUCAUGACGCUCCCUCUGCUGCGUCAGACGGCGCUCAGAGCCGUGCGCUGCUUCAGCCGGCUGCACAGAGAUGGACGCGUGCCCAUGCACAAACUCUUCCUGGAGAUGCUGGACGCCACGAUCUAGAGCAGGACUGAGGCAUUUCAACCCCUUAAGUGUCACCCCCAUUUAUUAGCAUAGACGUGGAAGUGCACUAUCACAGCUUAUCCAGAAGUUUUAAAAAGCGGAAUCAUUUCAAAAAAGUUAUAGAAAUUUUAAUUACUGUAAAGAAACCUGUACCAUUUCUUUUAAUGUAAAAUAAUUAUUUUCCAAUCCAAAACUGAUAUAAAAGUAAAUUUAUGUCUAAAAAAGCUAUGCUCCAAAUUUGAAGUUGAUAUAAAAAAAAUAUUUAGAGCGUCAUACCACAAACAGCCACAAGGUGCCAUCAAAACUCCAUUGAAUUUUUUUUAUGCAUAUCUAAAUUUCUGUGCUAUCAUUUUUAAUUACUAUUAAAAACUAAUGAAUACUAUUAGCUAAUUAACUAUUAUGGAAAAUAAUUGUCAAAUAACUACGUAAUACUAACUAGUACUAUUACUCUAUUACUAUCCCAUGACUUCAAUCUCAAAAUAACCACCCAAUAUGGAAUUUGGAGACACAGACCUUUCCGACGAUAUGUGGUUUAUAAAAAAGUUUUGGUACUAAAAGUGCGUAAUAUGACACUUGACCCCGCCCAAUUGGGGGGAGGAGACUGACAAAAACAAAGUACCAUCAGAGAAUGUCUAAUAUGGCGAGAAGUUUCACUCUCACUACACUUCCGGCUUCUGAACUGUUUGCAGUUCCACUCUGAUUCCAUAUGAGGGCGCUCACAGGACGAGUGCAGAAUGAAUGGAGGUCAAAGCCUGUACACCCCUCAAAAUCCACUUUUCUCAAGAUAUUAUUUUUUUGUCUAGUAAUUUCAAUGUUGUAUUCGAAAGGAAAUGCAGAUAAAUUACACAUUGCUGGGUGUUAGAUUUUUUUAGAGUCACUUAUUUGCUUUAAAAAGUAUUUUAAAAUGUCAAUGACGUCAUACACAUUCACAUUAAUUAGCAGAAUGCUAGCGUGUUAUGGGCAACAACAACUCAACCUGUAAGAAAUCGAAAAGACAUAAGUACUCGUUCAUUCAACUUUCGACCUAUAACCAAUGCUGAACUUGCAAAACCAACAAUCAGAUCUGAGAUUUCUCAACGGCAAUCGGGUGAAAGGGACAAAUUUAGCCGUGUAGCCCCAUAGACUCCCAUUCAUUUUGCACUCAUGGCGAGCGCCCCCAGUGGAACUCUGGUGGUACUGCAACCAAAAUUCGGUACAAUUGGACUUAAUAGGGAGUGAGAAGGCUCUCCGUAGACAGGCUCUGGAAAAGCAAUGUCCCCGUUGAGCAUUGUUUUCACAGGAUGAAUUUCGAGAUUACAUCGUAUGUAAUAGAGAUAAAAGACAACGAUAUAAAGUGCACCAAGCGUCCUACAGGUGGGCUGAUGUCACUCAAGGGGUUUUAAAUCAGGCUAAUCACGUCCAGUGCUAACCCAGUCUGGCAGCUAAACCGCACUCAACGACGAGAGGUUCAUAUCGCUCUCCGUCUCACUGAAGCACAAUCUUUUACUACUUAUAUGGUUUAUACCGAGAUUACCAUUUGAUAUGGUGUCAGCGAUAGUUCAGAAGCAAUUUUUUUAGUUUUACAUGAUAUAUCAAUGUUUUUCAUUUUUUGAUUCUGUAGAGGUUUCUCUAGUUUUGGGAAUUCGCGAAACAGUUCAGCAUCAUAAACAGCAGCACAAAUAGUCUGCAGAACAUUGUCAAGCUAUUGAGCAAUAUGCCUUCCUAUUUAUUGUCUAAUUUAUUACAAAUGCCACCUAUCUGCUGUUAUUUAUAUGAAAAUAAAUUAUUUUUUUGGAA